UGUAGGUUUAUGCUAUGCUUUUGAGUCGCUUACGCGUUAACUCCUUCGGACCCCUUGGAAGUCCCGGUGCCCUCUCAUUGUCUGGCCCGACUUAAGGUCGGACCGGCCACCCGGCUUUGAUUACUUCCUGGUAGGGCCUGGUGCCGACGCUGGUCUUUGUUUAUGAGCUUUAAGAAUAUCACUGGCAGGUUGGACUGUAGUGUAAAAUGUGAAUCGUAGUCAUCAGAAAUCAAGUUCAUUUGCAAAGCUGGAAGACGGCGGUACGAUUCUGCAGAGUGGUUUUUCAUCCUCGGUUGGAUUGGAGCUAGGAAGGUAGUUUAGGGACUGCUUUAAUACUUUUGACAUAUUACUUCUUCAAAGGUGAUUAUAUUUUUGAAGCAAAAUAUAUGGGGUGACACAAAGAGAACUGUCCUCCGGGAUAAGGAAUAGAAGUAACUGCAGUUUUCUGGAGCACCAAGACUUGGUGUCUUACUUACCUUUGUAAAGUCAGGUGUCUUUUUCUGUUCUGCAUGAAGCCUUUAAAAAUUAAUAGUUAAUUGGUCUCACAGGACAGUGUUGCAGUUCCUUUGGUUUGUGAGACUGGGUCUCUAUUAUAGUCCAGGGUGACCUAGAAUUCAUAAUUUUCCUGUCUCAGCCCUUGGAGUGCUGGGAUUAUAGGCAUGUGCUACCCUGCUGGGCCAGUAUUGCAGUUCUUUGUGGGAGUGCAGAACUUGUGUGUGAAUGAGCCUUACCUGCAAAUGCAUCUUCAACAGUGAGUCUCGAGCUUGGAACAUAACUACUACCAGACCAGUUCAAGUGGUCUGUUAGUUAAUUAACUAUAGCUGUUGGGCUAUAGUUGAAAUUUUUCGAGUCUCUCUCUCUCUCUCUCUCUCUCUCUCUCUCUCUCUCUCUCUCUCUCUCUCUCUCUCACACACACACACACACACACACACACACACACACACCCUCCUUCCCUCCCUCCCACUAGGAAAAGCUUACACCUCACAAGGAAUGAGGGCCCUUCUUGCCCAUCUGUAGUCAACUACAGGAAUCAGAGGUGGGCACAUCAACACAAGCCUAAUUUUUUUUUCCUAUGUAAAAUCACAUCAAACUUAGAAAUGGCUUCAUUGUGCACAUGCAUCUAAAAAAAAAGGCAGGCAAGAAUUAUGCAAGUGGCAGAUAUCCUGUUGUGAGUCAGUCUUGCCUCCAUCAGUUAAGGAGUCCACUUUGACUGGGGAAGAGAGAUGCAGCAAAUGAAGCCUCUCUGGAGGAAUUCAGCACAUUAAAAUGGAGCAUAACUGGGAGACUUGUGCUGAAAACAAGAACAAAUUAGUAAUGGAAGGGCGAUUUCUUUACCACGUGUAGCAAAUGGUUGCCUCUGACCCUGAUGGGUCUAAUCACUUGCAUUUGUAGGACCAAUAAAGCUAGUUUCACAACUCUGUGGAUGUUUUUUUCUGUCUCAGUCUCGUUUCAUAAUGGCCUCCCAUUUAAACCUGUUGGCAUCCCUUCUAUGGUACAAUCAAAUAUUGUAUUAAGCUUGAUCUUGUUCUUGCCUGUCUGUAGUAUCAGUAAUUAAAUGAUCGGUAAAUCUGUGAUCCCUAAAUCUGUGAUCCCUUAACUAACUCAUCAUCUUGGAGUGUGUUAUGUAUUCUGUUUUUUUUUUUCUUUUUCUUCAACACUCCAGUAUUUAUUUAUUUAUUUAUUUAUUAAUUAUUUUUUGUAAGAGAUUAGAAGGGUAGCCAGUGAGUUGAAAUAAUGCUCUCAUUGGUAUUGAGUCUCAUACUUCUUACUGAGGAGGGAGAAAAUCCCAGUUUUGGCACCUGGACAAUAAAAAGUAAUGCCCCUGCCUUAUUUUUCAUUGGGAGUAUGCAACUAUACCCCAGUGAGACAGCGAGGCAGAUUACAAAAAACCAACAGCACAGACUGUAGCAGGCCCCACCUCAUUGGACCAGCACUCCUGUUUCCUUGAGUGUGAGUUUCAUUUUGUCAUCUGAAAAAAGAACAGUGCUUUGCAUUUACUCCACAAGUCUCUGUUAGGAUGAGCAAGAUUGUGUGUGUGUGUGUAAGUUUGCUUUCUGGUGUCUUAAGUAAUUUAUGGUAUCACAGAUUAGUACAUUUUUAUAAAUAGGACUCUGAAAAUUAAAUGUCUGAGCCCAUUAAAUGGAGCCCAAACAUGUUGGCUUUAUGACGAAUUGUUUUACAAGGAGAGAGUAAUGAUAUUUCAGAACUAACUAGAGCUACUUAGCCAUGGAGGGUACAGUGCAUUAGGUUAUGUAAUUGUAUGCUACAGACUUCAUACGACUUUUGUUUGUAAGGCCUCUUUAUAAUCUGAACAUUUUUCAGAAUCCUGGGUAUUUGUGUGACUUAGGUCUAUUAAUACUAUAUUAGAAAUUAAAACUAAAUAUUUACUUAUUAUGAGUAACAAUAAAUCUGAUACUUAUAAACAGAAAUGAUCAUUUAUGUGAAAAAUUUUCAAAAUUGAAUGGGGAGAGUAGCUUUUUAAGUUUAUAUGGUUUUGUAACUUUUUUUUCCCAAGCCAGUGUGGCCUUGGCUGUCCUGGAACUCACUGUGUAGUCCAGGCUGGUCUUAAACUCAGAGAUUCACCUGCCUCUACUUCCUGAGUUCUGGAAUUAAAGGUGUUUGCCACUACCACCACCCAGGCAUGUUUUUGUAAACACAUUUGGAUUGUCACAUCUGCUUCUCAUUGCAGUCUCUUCAGAUAUCAAACUUCACAUAUUAUAUAGAAAACCUACUUUGUGCUCUUGAGAGAUCUAAAGGAAACAUUCAAAUAACAUAGAGCUGGUGGUAGUGGCAGAUGCCUUUAGUUCCCAGCACUUGGGAGGCAGAGGCAGGUAAAUCUCUCUGCAAUUGGAAGCUGGUCUACAGAGCAAGUUCCAGGACAGCCAGGACUACACAGUGAAACCCUUUCUUGAAAAACAGCAAAACAGAGCAACAAGCACAGAACCCAAAGUAAUAUAGUAAUAUCUUUUUCUUUCUCUCUACCUUCAUAUCAUUCAUGGACCUUCUGGAUCUACUGAAAAGGGACUCCUGAAGUCUUAGGGUUAAAGAUCCUACUUUGAGAUCUCAUAGGCAGAAUGGUUAGGGGCACCUGCUCUUAUCAAACUCACAUUAUAAAAUUAGAGAAAUUCAUGAAGCUGGCAACAGGUAGUCAUAUUUGUAAGUACUUGAAGUUUGAAACACUUUAGCUGAGAAAUAGAUCAUGGGGUCUAGUGGAUCCUUACUCUCAAAAAGUAGGUCUAUUCUAGUUGGAGAGCCAGGAAACUCCUGUUUAGAAGAUAAAUCCAUAUAGUAGUUUAAGGUAAAUGUUGAAAAUAGGGAUCUCCUAAUGAGGUAAAAAUUUAUGGCUGCCUAAUUGUAGCUAAGAACAUUCUAGUUUUAAGUUACAAAAGUUUAAAUUAAAAAAGUUUGAAAAGUUAAAUGGGCCAAUCUCUCGAUCCUUGUGUUCUAUGCACACACCACAUGUUAUUUUCAGGAACUGGAGGCUUGGGCAUUCCAUAUUUAUUUUUGUGGUGGAAAGUUUAACUAGUGACAAAAGACAGGGAUAAAACAUGAAAUGCUUAAGAACGAUAUACUAAUCAGCUCUGUUUUUAAACUAAGGAAAGCCAGGAGUUUAGGGCUAUAGUGUUGUUUGUUUGGAGCUAUGCUAUAGUUGGAGUCCUGAGACUUUCUCCUGAUUAAUUCUUCAGAAAGUUGAGGGAGCCUCUAAAUUUCCAGGACACUCACGCCUAAAUCACUCAGUUCAAGAAAAAGGAAUGAUUCGAUUGAUCUGCAGUUUGUGUUUGGAGGGGUUGUUGGAGGUAAACCUGUCUGUCUUACUUUUUAAAAAAAUCCUUUUAGUAGGAUGAGGUGCUGGCUGGUUCUUUUGUCCAUGGUAAUAAAUUUAUAAUGUACUGAUCAGUUUGUGAUAAAGGUAAGAGGUCACCUUGAUGGAGUGAUGAGUUAUUUUGUAUCCUAUUUCUCUCAGCCUACAUUUAAAGACGACUAGUUUGUCCCUUGGAAGCAGUUUUUUUUUUUUUUUUUUUUUUGUUCUUUUUUUUCGGAGCUGGGGACCGAACCCAGGGCCUUGCGCUUCCUAGGCAAGCGCUCUACGACUGAGCUAAAUCCCCAACCCCUAGUUUGUCCCUUGGACUAAAUUUUCUAGAUAGGAUCAAUACUUUACUGUGGUUGAAUAUAUUAAUUACUUUUCAGUAGCAUUCUGUCCUGUGUUUACUAAAUAUCCACUGAAGUGCUGUACUCAGUGAAUGCCUGCUUAAUGAAGUUUUUUCACAUAGAUUAUAAAAUGAUCUCUGACUUCAUUUUGGGAAUAAAUGCAGAUGAAGUGAGUUUAUUCCCCCAGAAUGCUUUCCCUAGCCUCCACUUCCCAGUGGGUUAGCCAGAAAGCUGGAUUGUAAGAAGGUGACCAUUCAUGACCUUGUUAGUACAGAAUAUGUAGUCUUUAGGCAGUGUAGACAUAGAUGGGCAGAUGGAAAAUUAGUUGUCUAAUGAGUAGGGUCAUUUAAGUCAAUGGUUAGAUGAUAUUCAUACUGAUUUGAAGAUUAGUAUUUGAACUUUGUAUUAUGCUUGUGUACUUUCUGAAGAAUUUGAACUAUCUCAGAAAUAUUAAUAAAGCCUAAGUCAGUGGAGUUGUCUUUCUAGUCAUGCUGGCAGUGUUCUUCCCCAGCCCAACCCUAGUACUUUAAGCCUUAGCCUGUUCCUACAACCUCUAAGUGAUUGAUUGUGGAUUUGAAAGCCCUGGAACUGUCCACGUGCUCUGUUUGACAAGGCACAGGGCUGAACCUGAAGGGGUGAGCCAGGGCUGUUUCUUUUGUGAUCAGAUGUUAUUUUCCAAGCAAUAUACCAAGUAUAUAAAGAAUAUCCUGCAUGACCUAAGCAGAAGGAAAGGUUGGGCUGAGGGAGAAAUUAGGACUCUUUGUUUUCCUGGAACUCAUUUACUCUCAAGAAAUUUUUACAUUGAUACCAUGAACAGUAAGAUUUUAUAACAUUCUACUUCCCCUCAUUGAAAUUUAUUUAAUAUUUUAAAGUGUGUGUGUGUGUGUGUGUGUGUGUGUGUGUGUGUAUGUAUGUAAGUAUGUAUGUGUGCCGUGUGUGUUUGAAGCACUAUCAAUUAGAAGAUAACUUACUGUAACCGACCCCUUCCUUUUUCAGUGAUCUACCACAUCAGGCUUGGUGGUAUGUGUCUUCGCAUGCUGAACCAAUUGCAGGCCUCCUUAUUGGAAUUUAUCCAGUUUUCUUCUGAAAGAUUUGCUUGUGCUCUUUUAAACUAGAUGUAGAGAUGCUAACAACUUUAUAGUAUUUUGUAGGCAGUAAGCAAAAUAAAGAGUAGUUAGUACCUGAGUAAUUUAAAUUCCUGUCUUAAAUUUUGAGUCCUCUUCUGUUGGAAUAAUUUACAUGUGAAUUUUUUCUUCAUUUUUUUCUUUUUGAGCCCUUCUUGUCUAACAUUAUCUCUGUUGGGGGGAAAACAGUCUUUGAUUAAGCUGCUUCAAACUUACUUCUAUAAAUGUUUUGUGUUCAGGCCAGGCUUGAGAAGGGAUUUAGUAGGAAGCACUGCAGUAGAGCAUGUGUGCUGUGCAGUCUGUCAGUGUUUGGUUUAUUCAUAUCCUUUUAGCUAGAAGAGCAAAUGCUCUAGGUGUUUUCAUAGCGCUUUCCUGGACAGAUGGCUGAGGAGGAAGUACUUUGAUAGAUUCUCAGUGGGGGUUGGUACUUGGAGGGUAUGCUUGUGAUGAUUGACAGUUGAGAAUGCUGAGAAUAGUAUCAACCUCAGUAACAGCUUGUUCAUCUUACCUGGAUUUGUCUUGUGCCAAGACCUCUCAAGAUGCUCUGAGAUUUUUAUAUAACAGUCUGUUUUGGGAAUGUAGGUAAGAAUAGAUAUCAUUGAGGCUCAAAAGGUAUUCACCAAAAAACUGUUCAUUGCAGUCAUAUCUUGAAAUCAGUGGUAACUGUUGAAUGAACUUUGGCUUAGAAAUUUGUAAACAUAAGCCAUAUUUUAUAACUACUAUGAGUCUGCAGAUGUUAUUAUCUGUAGUAAUUCCAGAUGUUUUCUCAUCUGUUGUUUUACUGAGUAGGAGGAAAGCUGAGAACAAUAUAAAGUAACUUCAAAGCAGUUCGCUAGCAUUUAAUCCUAACUAAUUUAAUUAACCACCUAUCCUUGUAGUUUCUCUUGAUUUAUAGAUUGUGAAACUGAGAUAGAGGUUAGGAGUUGCUUAAGAUGUUCCGGGAUAUUAAAAGAUAGCCCAAAGCUUAAAUUCAACCACUGAGACUUUUUUAACUUGUCUUUUGAGAGUAAGGUCUUUCUUUUGUCAUUUAGAAACUUAACGCUUAGUGAUUUAAGGGGCUUAAAGGGCUUGGAAACAUGCUUGAAAUGAGUUCCUUGGAAGAUUUUUGCUAUGAGAAUGUUUUUUAAAUUCCACAUCUUAAAAAUCACUCAUUUUAAAACUUGGUGUUUGACUUCCAUCAUCCAAUUUAUUGAUUAAAGUGCUAGCACAUGGGCACAAAGCAUUGUCUAUGUAACUGGGAAGAAAAUAGCCUUGGAAGUCAGCUUCACUAUGCUCAGCUCCACUUUAUUUUUUGUAGACUGAAAUUCACCAUGCAGAUGUAAUGUAACAACCCGUCAGUAUAGGUAUAGAAACACGCAGUAGGCUUCUGGUUGUUGAAAAACAUGUCCUUCAAUUGAGUUCUUGUCCCCCUGCUUGCUUCAUUUUGUUUCUAGUAUUGGAGAUUUUUGGUGGUGGGGUUUGUGUUCUGUAGAAGAGGGAGAGAUUUCUGAAGCUAUGGAAUUUUGCUUUUGCCUCUGAUAAUUCAGAGGUAACCUGAAAUCCACUUUUAGGUAGCAUGUUUAUUAUAUUUAGUUAUAUUCUAAGAUUUUCCAGGUGUAUUUCCUAUAAAAGUGAAGUACAGUUACAGUUUUUAGAUUGCAGGUCUUUUUUUCUUGGUUCUUUUUUUCGGAGCUGGGGACCGAACCCAGGGCCUUGCGCUUCCUAGGUAAGCGCUCUACUACCACUGAGCUAAAUCCCCAGCCCCAGAUUGCAGGUCUUAAGAUAUAUUCCUCCCUUGUAAGUGUGUGUGUGUGUGUGUGUGUGUGUGUGUGUGUGUGUGUGUGUGUGUGUUGCUUUGAGUUCCGGGCCAGCCUGGUCUAUAUAGGGAGUUACAGGACAGCCAGGGCUACCUAAAGAAAUUCUGUCUUAAAAAAAGAAAGGAAAAAAAGGCGGGGGGGGGGGGAGGAAAUUAAACUUGGACAUUACAAAAUAAAUUUGCACUUGCCUUUAGUUGUGUUAGUUGAAUAUGUCCACAAUAAAUUGUAACUAACUUAAUUUCACAAUUCUGAGAAGGCGAUUAAUUGGGUAUUUCUUUUAAAAGAUAGUAUUUCAAACUGGAUUUUAUCUGCUUUAGGACAGAGUAGCUAUAUCAGUGAUGUGUUUUCCAUUCUUGAGUAGAAACUGGAUCUUGUUUUUUUCUUUAUUUUAGCUGGAUUGAAGAUAAUCUUCCUUGUAGAAAUCUGCUUGUCUUUUUUAUCUUUGACCUGCUCUCAAGACUAGCUUUUAGGGACUGUUCUAUUCUUCUUCUCAUCUUUGAGAAGAGACUACUAUAUUUUUGUAGAUUUAAUAGAACUAGUUGUAAGGUAGUACACUGUUAGCUUCUUUAAGUCUUUGUUUGACCUUGCUGAUUAACCUGAGGUUUCAUUUUUGACUUACUAGGCUUUGACCUGUGGCAGUUCUCCUGCCUCAGCCUCCCAAGUAGCUAGGAAUACAGGUGUGAGCCAUCACACCUGGCUUGGAUGUUAAUGCUUUGAUAAGUUUUGGAGGAGAAAAAUUAAUUUUUUUAUGAAACAAAUUUCUAUGAUGAAUUGUUUCUCUAUGGUUAUACAUAUGCUGCAGAAAUCUUCUUGUAUACUAGGGAGCUGCAGAAAUGGCUCAGCUGAGAACAUUGGCUAUUUUAAAGGAUUCUGGUUUGACUCCAGCAUCCACAUGGCAGCUCUCAAUGUCCCUUACUCUUUCAGGGAAUCUGACGCCCUCUUCAGAACUACCCAGGCACCAGGCAUACAUAUGAUGCACAGAUAAACAGGCAGCUACCCAGGGCAGUCACAGAGUCAGAGAAUGAGAAGAGGAGACUCUUAGUGGGAACAACCACAGAACAAUUAAGCAGAAAGGAAAAACUGUUAUGAUGAAUGCUUAACUGACUUCAUCAACGGAUAAUUUACUCAUCUAAUGGAUGAUUCAAGAGAGGCUGAUUGCCAGCCUGGAAAAAGAAAAGGACAGAGUGUGCAGGUCCAACAAAAGCCCCUGGGUCUGUUUGACUUGUUCAAGUGUCCACUGUGGAAGGUAUGUGAAUGGCCAUGCAAAAAAACAUUAUGAAGAUGCACAGAUACCCUUACUCAACCAUAAGAGAUCAGAAAAACAGGAGAAAGCUCAGCAUACAGUGUGUAUGGAUUGCAGUAGCUACAGCACAUACUGUUACCGCUGUGAUGAUUUUGUGGUCAAUGACACCAAGCUGGGCCUGGUACAGAAAGUGAGAGAACACUUACAGAACUUGGAAAACUCAGCUUUUACAGCUGACAGGCACAGAAAAAGAAAAUUAUUGGAAAACUCAUCACUGAAUAGCAAGUUAUUAAAAGUAAAUGGAAGUACGGCUGCCAUUUGUGCCACAGGCCUUCGGAAUUUGGGCAACACGUGCUUCAUGAAUGCUAUCCUUCAGUCACUCAGUAACAUCGAGCAGUUUUGCUGUUAUUUCAAAGAGCUGCCUGCUGUGGAGUUAAGGAAUGGGAAAACAGCAGGGAGGCGGACAUACCACACCAGGAGCCAAGGGGACAGCAACGUGUCUUUGGUAGAAGAGUUUAGAAAGACACUGUGCGCUUUGUGGCAAGGCAGCCAGACUGCAUUUAGUCCUGAGUCCUUGUUUUAUGUUGUUUGGAAGAUCAUGCCUAACUUUAGGGGUUAUCAGCAGCAGGAUGCCCAUGAAUUCAUGCGUUACCUUUUGGAUCAUCUGCACUUGGAACUUCAGGGUGGCUUCAACGGUGUUUCCCGCUCAGCAAUUCUACAGGAGAAUUCUACACUGUCUGCAAAUAACAAAUGCUGCAUAAAUGGAGCAUCAACUGUUGUCACAACAAUAUUUGGAGGAAUUCUCCAGAAUGAGGUCAACUGCCUCAUAUGUGGGACAGAGUCGAGGAAGUUUGAUCCAUUCCUAGAUCUCUCCUUAGAUAUUCCAAGUCAGUUCAGAAGCAAGCGCUCUAAGAAUCAGGAAAAUGGGCCUGUUUGCUCCUUACGAGAUUGUCUUCGCAGCUUCACUGACCUAGAGGAACUUGAUGAGACGGAGUUGUAUAUGUGCCAUAAGUGCAAAAAGAAACAAAAGUCCACAAAAAAGUUUUGGAUUCAAAAACUUCCCAAGGCGCUGUGCUUGCACCUGAAAAGGUUUCACUGGACAGCAUAUUUACGAAACAAAGUAGAUACAUACGUUCAGUUCCCACUGAGAGGCCUGGACAUGAAGUGCUACCUACUAGAGCCAGAGAACAGUGGCCCCGACAGUUGCCUGUAUGACCUCGCUGCCGUGGUUGUUCACCAUGGCUCUGGGGUUGGUUCUGGGCAUUACACAGCAUAUGCAGUUCACGAAGGCCGCUGGUUCCAUUUCAAUGACAGCACUGUGACAGUGACUGAUGAGGAGACCGUUGGGAAGGCGAAGGCCUACAUUCUGUUUUAUGUAGAGCGUCAGGCCAGAGCUGGAGCAGAUAAACUGUGAUACCUCCUGACCAUGAUUCAUCUACUAUACCGGACAACAUUUCCAUUCUCCAUAAAUACUUGAUCCAAGAUUUAAUUUCAGUAUGCACUUUUCAAUUUCCAGUUUGGGGUUUUAGUUUGGUCAGUGGUAGUAACUUACCCAAUAUGGGCACCAACUAAUUUUUGUUGUUCUACCAGAAAACCUCAGCAGGCAUUUUGAUUGGCUGCUUUAGUUGUAAUAAUUCAAUUUUUAUAAGUAGUUUCCAGAACUUAGUUCUGUUUGACUUUUUAUAUUAAUGUUUUCAGUUCUCACGGAGGCACAUUUUAUUGCUCUGUACUCACAUGCUGAGAGCCACCCUGCCUGCUGUCUGCAUAGCAGGCAGGUCAGCGACUCCGUUGUGAGGGUCGUGUGUGCAGGUCUGUGACCCGCCGGUUUCACAGUGACUGCUCAGGAAUCCCUUCUGACUGUAGGCCGUAGUAGCUGAAGGUCAGGAGACCAGGCCAUCACCACUGCCUGUGCCUCAGGGUUGCUGUUUCUCAGCAUUAAAUAAAUUUGUCAGUUCCGUUGCGUCUGUGCUCAAGUUCCAGAAUCGCUCUAUUUCUUGUUUCUGUUCUUCUGUUAAUAUUUUCUUGGGGGCAGGCAGACAGGCAGGCUAGGAACUCUGACAAGUGCAAAUAUGUGUUUAAAAGCCCUGUGAUUCAGCUGCAUGACAGAGGUGUGUCCUGUGUGUGGAUUCUGUCUGACCAUCAGAGGUCAGGUCUCCUCCAGACUUGACUUCCAGGCAGAAGUGGAUCAUUGACACUCUGGGUCUUAACCCACUCCCUGCCUAAAGCAGAACCAGGUAUUAAGUAUUUGUCUCUGAACAAGAAUAGUUUCUAUUAAACCCAGUAGCUUAAAAAAUACUGUUCACAAAAAUAGGGUAGAAGCACUAUUUGGAUUCAACCCAAAUUAAAAUUGGUUCAUUUAAAGAAGGCAGCAGCUAGUAGCAAGUGUGGAGGCCAGUGAUCGAGUUUGCAGGUAUUUGUAACCUGCAAGUCAGAGUGUAGAACUCCAGCAUGGCCUGUACCAUAGUCACUUCCUUGAGGGACAAAAAUGUACUUCAUGCAGACUUUUUAGUAAUCUCAUUUUUUUCUAUUAAAAGUUAGUGUAGUAGUUUUCUUAGGUCACUGUGAGGUUGAUGAGGACACAUGACCUAAUUCCAUUUUAAUAUUAACUAGAGAAAUCUUGCAUUCCCUCAGAGCAGAAAUUACACACUGCAUCAGCACCUUAUUAAAACACUAACUUGAAUCCAUACAAUGACUACAUGUGGUUAAGUUGAAAACUCAUUCAUUCCUCAGUCACACUAGUUAGGUCAGGGAUGGACACAGGAAGGUCUAGUACAUUUCCAUAGGGCAUGAGGUCUCUCACACAACACUGGUCUAAGCACUACAGCUUAGAUUUAGUGCAGGGAGAAAUUGAGGAACUGUGCUACGUUACAUGAGGUAGAGGCUUAUGCACUUCUAUUAGUCUACUGGUUUGACCCACAGAUCGAGGGUCGCAUGAUUUGCUCUAAUAUGUCAGGACCUUGAUACCAUCACAGCUAAGCCUGAAUGUAAGUCUCAUCUAACUUUGCACACAGCUCCUGCUAAUCCAGGCUCCUCUGGCAUUUGUGUCUUGGCCUCUGAAUAGGCACUUGUAAUGACUUACACAAUACUCAGACAGAGCUGACACUGUCACACCAGGUGGGACAGCAGCAGCAGACUGGGCUGCCAUGUUGGGGAGAUUGGUCAUUAGACAGGCAACACUGUUGACACAAAAGGGAAUGAAUGUCUCUGGGAAUUUUUGUAGCAGCUUUAUUGCUUGAUUUUGCUUAAGCAACAAUGGCCGAGUGGCACCAUGAAGACUCUGAGGAAGUGACUGCCCAUUGGCUGUGCCCACGAACACCCAUGAUGUCCAUGUGCCUAUUUGUUUGUAAUCUGUGUAGCCUUACUGCACCUGUUACAAGCGUAUCUCUGUACUGUCUAGGGCUGGCUUUCCCCAUGUGUGCUAACCGGCAUGCAACUUCUUGCUCAGAGCUUAUGCUGAGGCAGGGCCUCAUGCAUGCCCUGUCCCAUCAGCCCCUGGCAACAGGAAACUCCAAGUCUUCCCACACAGGUGGGGAUAGAAACUGUGGCAACAUAAGUCUCUCUCCAUGGUGGAGAAUCCUAUGCUUAUCCACUGUAUUCUACUCAGUGUGUAGUGACAGAUGAUGUAAUUAAACCAGUCACAUGUGCUGGC